GGUGAUGGUUACUCGGGGCUGCCCUCGCUGACUGACUCACUGCCUGCCUGCCUGCCUGCCUGCUCUUCUGACCUGCUCCGAAGGCGGACCAUGGCUGACAGACAGACAGCAAUCCACCGAUCGCGGUUGGGGCUUGAGUCUGGAAGGGAUUGUGGUUAUGAUUUUUGGGACUCGACUCGAUUCGACUCGACUCGACACGGUCGGUAUCCACCUCGCAGCCAGAAGAAUGAUACUACAUACAGUCGACAGCAGGUGCGCCGUGUGUCUCACGGAGUACUCCCGCCCGAACCAAGCGGCGCCCGCAGCCUGGCAAUAACAAUAACAAUAUACCUGCCUAUGCACCUACUAGCAUCCUGGUGCCGUGCCCGUGUACUUACUCUGUACACAGCAUCUGAUCCCAUACCUAUUACCGCUAUGGGUUUCCCUACCGUUGCCUUUUCCAGAUGGGGGUCGAAUGAACGAAGUAGGGUAGAAGCCAGGAACCCGAACAGGGCUGUCGAUCCGGGAAUUGUCUGGAUUCUGGAUCGAUCCCGGGUAUGUAUGUGGCUGGUGUGUUUGAGCUCAGACACUCACCACCUUACGGGUGUUUGACUCAAGCAUCUGAGAAGUAUCUCCCAUCUUGAGAUGGUGGUGAGAAAGUCAGUAUGCGCGAAUAAUGACCCUCAGGUAUGUAUGUAGGUAGCAUC